UCUUGCUCAUUUGUGUUUGCGUCAGAGUUUGAGAACCUCAGCUUUAGCCUGACGCUUCGUGAGGUUUGACUUCCUGUAUUUUUGCAGCGAGUAGGUUUUGAGACAUAGCAUUGUGAGCGUGUGAGGGGGCCUGACGUUCUGUUGAACUCCAGAGCAACACCCGGUCAACAUUAGAAACGGAUGAUGGCAACGGUGACUAAAGGACUUGGGUGUAUACCAGUUCUUGUUUUCCUGUUGACUUUGAGCAGUUCAGUCACGUCAAGACAUCUUAGGAUGAAAAGGGAAAUUAGUAACAAUGUGACAUCGAUAAACGCCAAAGACACACAGAGUACAGCAACGGUAGCAGAAGUUGAGAAUGCAAGCACCACCACUGUGGAAACGUUACAGACAGUUGAGGUGAAAUCUGGUUUAAAGGUCUCAGCAACUACAGAUUACUUUCAUACUCCAGAUCUGAACCACACCCAACAAAACUACCCUGCAGGAACCGAGAACCUGACAGUUCACCAGCCAACAGAUAAUGAGAGUACUUUUCACACCCAACUUCCCACAAUAAAAACUAGUACUGGACACAUUUCACAUGCAGGAAGUCCUGCCCCCAUAUUUCCUGCAUCGUUGAAGCCCAGUAACGUAACAGAGAAGCACAUGACAGCAGCGACAAGAAGAAUGUCCACAGAUACAAAAGGACAUACUACUGAAGUUACCUCAACAACCACCAAAAAAUCAACCACAGCAAUGACCCACUCGUGUUCCACUGCCUCUUCUCAAGGGGGCGGACUUGUGAGCCGUUGCCUCAUCGCAAUCGGCUCGAUGGCAGCGUUGACGACCAUCUUUAUCACUAGCACUAUCUGCUUGGCUACGAAACUCUCGGCAUACAAGCACAAGGCGCAGCUUCUCCAGGAGACUGAGAUGGUCUGCAUAUCUGCCCUGAUGAACGAUACCGAUCACCCUGUUCCAAAGCCAAGACGACAUCCCAAAAGUAAUGGAGCAUUGAUCCCGAAUACUGAGGAUGGAGAUCCCGAUGGAGAUAAUCUCACUCUAAACAGUUUUCUUCCUGAUACCGAAGGUCCUCUUUAGAAGUUGAAAUCUUUCUGUAUACACUGGGAACCAGCGCUUUAUUGAUGGAUCGCAGAAUUUUGUACUCUCAAACAUUAAUCAGGGCUCAGGUUUGACACAAACCUGGCUCUUGAAUGGUUUGCACUGUCAAAAAAAAUCAAAAGGUACAAUCCACAGUAUAUCUGUGGUGCAGGGAGUUUCAGUCAUCUGAAAUGUUCAGUAAUCUGAUGCCUGGAGUUGAAGUGCAAUUUUGUGCUUUGUUGUAUAAUAAUGAACAUUCCACAUCUUUUAUUUAAUCAGUGGAACAUUUAUAUUGCAAUUGUUUUUUUGCAUGUGUGAAGAUGUUUUAAUGUUAUAUUUAAUCAGUGUUGAAAUAUACUACUAUGUUCUCUAAGGAGCACAGACAUUAGCGAGGCUUGGCAGAAUAUAUUGCUGAAUAUGUUCUAUUUCUGUCUGUGGUUCAGUUAGCGCUAUAUAAUUUACAGUGAUGUUGGAGAUUAUCACACUCGGAAUAUAACAUGUUAUCAUUGAAAAUGUACAUAAAAUAGAUGCUUCCCACAUUUACCCAGAAAGAAUUUAGCUUUUGCACAAAAAUUACAUACUUUCCAAUGUGUGAAUUAAAAAAAAAAAUAAAAAGGCCAAAACCAACCAGAUUAACACUGCAAAAAACAACAACAAAAAAAAAAACACAAUAGGUAGUCAGCAAAGAUUUUUUUUUUCUGUUCACAUUUAGUUACUAAUUUUUUAUUGUAGUAUUUUUGUAAGUACUAUUUUUUUUCCUGCUAUGUAAUAGGCCUUCUCUAUGUAAAUUGUAUUUGUGUAGGCAACUUCAGUUUGAAUGUGUUAAAGUACGUGAUGGAUGAAUGUUGUGUAAAAUGACACGAAAAAGUCAUUGUGCAGUUUUAACCCAGUUAUUCUUACCCAAGCAAAUUUUAUAAAUGUUAAAUAAAUAAUUUAAUAGAA